AUGGCAUCGGCUAUCGAAUGUGACGUAAGCACACUCAGCAUUGAAGACAGCACUAAGCUAGACAGUACAAAUAGUUUGAACAUUAAUGACGAUAAAAUUGCACGAAUCAGCCCAGUUGAUGAUCCAAAUGUUGUUAGUAGGAAACAAUCCGCCAGCGAUCUACAAAGCCGUCUCAAAACUCGAAAACUUCUUGGAGUUGGCGAGCUUGCCGGAGACAAUGGCGAAGUCUACAAGUCCAAGAUUUCUCAAUUGCUUGGAAUUAACGAAAGCUUAUACGUCCGCCUUCCGCGUGGUAUGCUUUACUGGAACUCUUUCAACACUCUUUACUUUUUGAUGCUCGGAGCAUUGUUUGUUUUCAUCCCGUAUUAUGGUUCUUUCGCCGAAUUUGGCACCGGAUUGUCUACUGCAGAAUCAUACAGAUUUGCUCGAUUGUACGGUAUCAUGAUGUUCGCGUUCGGAACAUUCUUCAAGUAUAGAUAUGUCCUACAACAACGUGAGACCCGUGCAGAAAUCGCUACUUUGCUUUUGGUCACUGCUGCCCUACACAUGGCCCAAUUCACCGUUAUGGCGACAAUGAGUGGCGAGGUCGUUUGGUGGGCGCUUACUUUGAAGGGUUUCUGCGUUGCUGGCAACAUGUGUUAUCACACUUUGGUUGAUGGGCAGGGUGGUAUUCACCGUCAAUUUUUCCGCGUCUUCGAGGAAUGUUCAUUCCUUUCGACUUCCCCAGUCGUUGAGAAGAAACCGAUAAUCGGAGUUCAGCCAACCGAGUCAGCCAGUGAGCAGGAGGCUAAGAAGAACGAAUAA